ACCACAACACCAAAAAUCUAGUAACUCAUUUUAAUUUAAAACAUAUACAAUAAUAUAAUAAACUAAAAUACCAAUAUAGCCUCUCCUUUCUCCAUGUGGGUCCGCCAAUGCUCCAAAGAAUAUUGGUAAUCAUAAAAGUCAUUACUCAAUUAGAGAUAAGGCGUAGACGAUCGAUUAGAAGUAGAGAUGGAGAUAAGGAAGAUAAUGAGUGGUUCAAAUAGUAAUGAUAAUAAUAAUAAUAAGGAAGAGCAGCAAUUUCAUUUCGUGCUAGUCCAUGGAGCUGGUCACGGAGGGUGGUGUUGGUACAAGAUUCGGACUCUGCUUGAGGCUGCUGGGCACAAGGUCACAUGCCUUGACCUUAAGUGCUCAGGCAUCGAUCCCACCGAUUUCAAUACUGUCUUCACUUUCGCCGAUUAUAAUCAACCUCUUACCUCUUUCAUCUCCUCUCUUCCCCCAAAUCACAAGGUAAUAGUGGUGGGGCAUAGCGCUGGGGGUAAGUCUGUAACGGAUGUCAUACACAAAUUUGCUGACAAAGUCCAUAUCGCCAUAUACGUGGCUGCUUUUAUGAUCAAUAUUGGUAAUUCAGCUUCAACCAAUGAACAUUUAUCAAAGCAACUAGGAGAUGCUAAUGCAUAUGAGUUGAUAUAUGGACUUGGAUUGGACCAGCCUCCAACCGGGAUCAUAGUUAAGCCUGAACUUCGCCGCCAACUUCUAUACAAUGAGAGCCCUGUUGAGGAUUUCACACUGGCAUCAAUGUUGCUGAGGCCAUCACCAGCAAGGGCUUACAUGGACGUAACCCAAGAGGGGAGUUGUGAUGUAAACUCAGUGCCAAGAGUGUUUAUAAGGACAAUGAAAGAUAACCUAUUCAAGCAAGAGAAUCAAGAGAAAAUGAUAAAGCAAUGGCCACCAUCCAAAGUGUUUGCUAUUCAUGAAAGUGAUCACUGCCCUUUUUUCUCAACACCGGAUGUGCUUUUUGCCCUUCUCCUUGAAGUAGCCAAUUCCAUCAAAAACCCAUAAUUAAUAUAUAUGACACAUUUAUAUUAUUAUUCAUAACCCAUCUUCUUUGAGAUGGAUGUUAUGUGUUGGUUAUUAGUUUUGGUUUGGUUAAUUUUAUUGCAAAAUUGUUGUGUACUGUUGAAAUAUUUUUUUUGAAAAGCUUCAAUCUAUUAAACUGCCAAAUCGGCAAGAAUAAGAGUUUGAAGAGCAGCAGGUGCUGUCCCUUCUACAAAA